AGAGCAAGUAAUUCGUAGAGCCAGAACUUAAAUCAGGUCUUCAAACCCAGGGCUGCGAUGUCUCUCCAUCGUGUCCUAGACCAAAGAGGUGAAGGUCCCUUCCCCAGUGGGCGGGAUGAUCUCUCCAUCAUAAGUCAAAUUCCUAGUCACUCUGGGGAUUCUCAGAUGUCUUGCAGAACUGCCAGGGCCAGCUCCGGGCUUGGGCUAGAGCAGAGUGGAAUUCUGCAGUGACCCAGUAGCCACAGUCAUUCCCCUCCAGGGUGGGGCAGGGAAAGGCUCCCUGCCUGUUCCUCCGAAGCCCCCCGAUGAGUAAUGAGAUUCCAGCCUGGAGCCCCAGUGACAACAGAGGCUUUGGAGAGGCCAUGUGAUGCUCUGUGAGUGCUGCUGCUGCUGCUGCUGCUACUGCCACCACUAGGAAGCCUUCUUCCCCUUUCCUUCCGAGCUCAGCCUGUCAUGGCGACGCCGAACAACCUGACUCCCACCAAGUGUAGCUGGUGGCCCAUUUCAGCACUGGAGAGUGAUGCAGGGAAGGUUCCGGAGGCCUCGGAGGGCCAGGAGGCAGCUGACCCUUCCCAGUGGGCCAAGGAGAGCCUGGUUCUCUACCACUGGACUCAGUCCUUCAGCUCCCAGAAGAGUUCCCCCCGUGUGUGUCCGGGCUCUUCCCAUGCCCCUGUCCCCUCUGAGCCCCUCCACCCCAACCCCCACCCAGGUACGGCUGGUGAUUGCAGAGAAGGGGCUACCCUGUGAUGAACGGGAUGUCAGCCUGCCUCUGAGUGAGCCCAAGGAACCAUGGUUCAUGCGCCUGAACCUGGGUGAAGAAGUGCCCGUCAUCAUUCACCGAGACAACAUCAUCAGUGAUUAUGACCAAAUCAUUGACUACGUGGAACGCACUUUCACUGGAGAACAUGUGGCCCAGUUGAUACCCGAGACCGGCAGCCUGCUUCACGCCCGAGUACUGCAGUACCGUGAGCUGCUGGAUUCCCUCCCCAUGGAUGCCUACACCCACGGUUGCAUCCUUCACCCUGAGCUCACCACCGACUCCAUGAUCCCUAAAUAUGCCACGGCCGAGAUUCGCAGACAUUUGGCUAACGCCAGCACUGACCUAAUGAAACUGGACCAUGAAGAAGAGCCUCAACUCUCAGAGCCCUACCUUUCCAAACAGAAAAAACUCAUGGCCAAGAUCCUGGAACAUGACAACGUCAACUACCUGAAGAAAAUCCUGGGGGAACUGGCUAUGGUGCUGGACCAAAUUGAAGCUGAGCUGGAGAAAAGGAAGCUGGAAUAUGAGGGGCAGAAAUGUGAGCUGUGGCUUUGCGGCUGUGUCUUCACACUCGCUGAUGUCCUCCUGGGGGCCACUUUACACCGCCUCAAAUUCUUGGGACUGUCAAAAAAAUACUGGGAAGAUGGUAGCCGGCCCAAUCUGCAGUCAUUCUUUGAGAGGGUCCAGAGACGCUUUGCCUUCCGGAAAGUCCUCGGGGACAUACAUACCACACUACUUUCUGCUGUCAUCCCCAAUGCAUUCCGGCUGGUUAAGCGGAAACCACCAUCCUUUUUUGGAGCAUCCUUUCUUAUGGGCUCCCUGGGAGGGAUGGGAUACUUUGCUUACUGGUACCUCAAGAAAAAAUACAUCUAGAGCUGGGCUGUG